GAUCCAAACACCAACUCACAAUACCGAGUCCCAACUCAAAUUUCAAAAUUAUCCCCUCCCUCUCUCUCUUCGUCUCUCUCUCUCUCUCUCUCUCUCUCAAAUGUCGACGGUGCCACCGCUGCUCGGACGGGAGCUAAAAGAUCCACCGGCCGACGGAAUCUCCAGUCUCACCUUCUCCAGUCACAGCGACAAUCUCCUCGUUUCCUCUUGGGACAAAACUGUUCGAUUAUACGAUGCAAGGUCCGAUGUGUUGAGAGGAGAGUUCAGGCACGGUGGUGCGGUACUUGAUUGCUGUUUUCAGGAUGAUUUUGUAGGGUUUAGUGGCGGUGCUGAUCAUACCGUGAGGCGGCUUGUUUUCAACAAUGAGAAAGAGGAUGUAUUAGGAAAGCAUGAUUCACCAGUACGCUGUGUUGAGUAUUCAAAUGCGACAGGGCAGGUGAUCACAGGUAGCUGGGAUAAAACUGUUAAGUGUUGGGAUCCUAGAGGAACUGGUGGGGAGGAAAGCCAUCUGGUUGGAACCUAUUAUCAACCUGAGCGUGUCUAUUCUCUUUCUUGUGUUGGCCAUCGUUUGGUGGUUGCAACAGCUGGGCGGAAGGUGAAUGUGUAUGAUUUGCGGAAUAUGUCUCGACCUGAACAACAAAGGACAUCUUCUUUGAAAUACCAAACCAGAUGUGUCCGCUGUUACCCCAAUGGAACAGGUUAUGCUCUUAGUUCAGUGGAAGGUCGAGUUGCAAUGGAGUUUUUUGAUCUAUCUGAAGCUGGUCAAAGCAAAAAAUAUGCCUUCAAGUGUCAUCGACAAUCAGAAAAUGGUAAAGACAUAGUCUACUCUGUAAAUGCAAUUGCAUUUCACCCCAUCCAUGGUACUUUUGCAACGGGCGGGUCUGAUGGUUUUGUGAAUGUGUGGGAUGGAAACAACAAGAAGCGGUUGUAUCAGUAUGCCAAGUACCCCUCAAGCAUAUCUGCAUUAUCAUUCAGCAAAGAUGGCGGAUUGUUGGCUGUCGCAUCUAGUUACACUUUCGACGAGGGAGAAAAACCCCAUGAACCAGAUUCCAUCUUUGUGCGCAAUGUAAAUGAAGUUGAAGUGAAACCAAAGCCGAAAGCACUCCCAAAUCCUACCCCUUAAACUGUGUUGUACUGCUUCUAGUAGGUACUUUCGGACAUAAAACGUUAUGUCUUAUAUUAAUAUAUUGCUGUUAUGAGUAUUCUGUUCCUUAUAUGUAUUGUAAGUAAAUCAGCACCAAACAAAUACCCAUGUGUGCGCUAGACCAAACUCGUGUUAUGUGUUUAUAUUCGUCCUACUGACGAACUUUCUUAUAUUCCAUCUCAUUUAAAAUGCGUUA